AUGGCAGCUGAGCAGAUCGACGAGGCGCAAUUCUGGCAGUCCAUUGCAAUAUUAAUAAAAAACUAUCAUGCCUUGAAUAAAAAGAUAUUUGAGGUGCUCAUAACACAAGUACAAAAGCACAAGCAGGGCAAUCUAUGCGAAUCCACCGAGGAUGAACUGCAACAGCAGCUACACACAGCUCCCAAAGCGAGAACAUGUGAGGGCUUCAAUAUCAGCUACAAAAUGCUGACCAAAAAGAUGGCCACAAAUAUUCUGGCCACUGGAAUUGUGGAUUUUGCCAAGCAAAGCUAUGAAUGCCAUUUUGUAGACGCGGAAGCCUUUGAUGAUUUCGCCGUGCAUUUAAUUGGCGGCCAGCUGGAAGUUGUCAUAUUAAAGCAGCGACUGGAAUCGGAAGAAGAAUCGAAGCAAAGCCCUCGGGGCUGGGCAGAGUUUGUGCUUAAGCCAAAGCUCUGCAGCUGGUCACAAAGCAAACGUGCGGAAGGCGCACAGAAAUCGUUGCGUCUGCUGGACAUGGAAAAGUAUAAUGAUCUGUACAAAUCCCUGAAGCAAAAACACGCGCAACGCUUACUGCAAUAUUGGCAAACAGCCAAUGAGUCCACAGAUCCGUUAAAGUUCAUCUACGAGGACCUGGCGAUUGCCGCCUAUCUAAUCACAUUGUGGAGCUGCACACAAUCGGAGCCACAGGCAUUUGCCGAUCUGGGCUGUGGUAAUGGACUUCUAGUGCACGUGCUCAAUGCGGAGGGCUACAAGGGAUACGGUUACGAUGUGCGCAGACGUAAGCUGUGGUCGCUUUAUCCGGCGGAAACCGCUGCUUGCCUCCUAGAGCAAACAGUGGAACCAAAGAGCUUUCGCUUGGACUUCCCGGGCAUCGAUUGGCUAAUUGGCAAUCAUUCCGAUGAGCUUUCGCCGUGGUUGCCAGUGCUCGCAGCGCGUCUGAAGACAAGCUUUUUUCUGCUGCCCUGCUGUCCGUUUGAGCUUUCCGGUCGAAAAUUUCAGCGCCGCAACACUGGCAUCAGCGCCUAUCAGGAUUUUGUACUCUACGCUCGUCAAAUUUCCGAUGAAUGUGGCUUUGAAACGCUGCAGGAUCGCCUUAAAAUACCCAGCACCAAGCGCUUGGCGCUGAUUGGUCUAAAACAAACAGCAAAAUCCUUCCAAAAUCUGGAAUACUUUGUACAGCAAGAACUGCAAAAGCACAAAACGGGCCUAGAAAAUGGGGCGGAUUCGGUGAAGCUACGUGAGAAAAUGGAGAGCGUGAGAAACUGCACACAAGUCGAGAAGAGCAUUUUAGAUGCACUCGUAUUGAAAAUCUUUCGCCAGCUACUGGGUAAUGAAAGCAGAACAAGUGAUAACUGCUGGCUACCGGGGAAACAGUUGUCAAUGCGGGACAUUGCACAGGGUCUCAGCAAAGAGGAGCUCAGCGGCAUCAAAUCCGAGUGUGGUGGCAUAAAAACGCUGCUGAGAAACAAGCAUGAAGUAUUUGAGUUUUGUGGCACUGAUCAAAUUGGCAUACGCAAGCCCAGGGCUGCAACUGCGACUCAAGUCGCCGGCAAAUUGGUGACGGUUAAGAAACGACCCUGUUUCUUCAAACUACACCAUCCACAGGGCUGUCCGCUGAAGGACAAUGAAUGUUCUUUUAUACACUAGUAAUAAGGGACUCAUGUGCAUUUUAUCUAUAGUAAAAACUGUCUACAAUUAAAAGGAAAUAUAUAUGUUGUAAGAACCUUUUAAGCACACUAAUUAAUAUGAAAAAAAUACGUCGUUUAUAAAAU